AAGUAAAGAAAUUCCACCAUCAAAUUAUCAAACAAAAGAAAUAUCCAAAUAAUAACCCAAAGACCCAAACGAAGUGCAAAAUUUUCUCUGUUAUACAGAAAGCCAGACCCCCCCUCUCUCGUAUAUAUGUAUACACAUAUACGAAUGUACAUAUAUAUACCUAAUAUAUAUCCAUCGAAUAUAUAUACCAAUCUAUAACUGAGUAAAGAAGGGAAAAAUAAGAAAGCUACGCGAAUGUGCGCUUUUGGUUACUUAUUGUUUUUCGCCCUAUUGCUAACUACAAUUCUGGUGCUGUCCAUCAUAUUUGCCACGACCUCAAAGCGAUCCAUGUUGGACAGCUUUAUCCUCGUAUUUAAUUACACACAAGAACAACCACUACAACAACAACAACAACAACUACCACAACAACAACAAGAGGACUAUCUGGAACAGCCACAAAUGUUCCUGAAACAGAAAUUCUUUUGAGUUUUUGAAUAAUAAAUAAGUCUUAGGGCAGACCAAAAAAAAAGGGAAAAAUCAAUUGGACUCGACUGUGCACAAGUAUAAAAAUUUCAUUGUUCGACGAGAAACAACAAAUAAAACAGUUGUUAAAAAAUACAUUGCGCUACUUUGUGUGAGCCAAAAAUCAUUAAUAAAAAUAUAAAAAAUAUAAAAACAUUCCAUUGAUAAACAUUUACGAGAAAUACAAAAG